GGAAAUCCAGGAUAGAUGGGGUGGAGCCCCGGGGUCCAGGCGUGGGGGCGCCGGGGUGCUGGGCUAGGCUCCUCCCUCGCUCCUCCUCCAUGUAACACAAGCUAUAAGAAGCCCUGUUUCACGUCAGUCUUGCAGUUCUCCUCAAAGCAGCGCGUCUUAAAGAUGAGGAGUGGCGUACUGGUGUCCAUACUGCUGGUGGUGACGAUUGGGGCUGUCAGAGCCUGGCCCCAGUACCCCGGGGUGAGCAGUGGUGCAGCAGCCGCUGACGAGAAGCAGCAGGCGGCGCAGGAAGGAAUAGCUGACCAGCAGCAGCAGGUGGGACAGGGCAGUUUCUGGUGGCAAGAUGAAGGAGUCUUUGAUAAAGGCGCUGAGGGAGUGACACUGACAGAAGACUUCACGUUCCAGCAGGUUGCGGACUGUAGCAAGAACUAUGGGUGCGUGCCGUGGCAGUUAUGUGUAGAUGGUGAGAUAAACACAAGUGGGAUAGGCCUGCUGAACCUGCGCACGCCUGAACCAGUGCCACAGCAGAACACUGGAACUCUGUGCGGUGGCAUCGGCAAGAUCUGCUGCCUUCUUCCUGGACAUACCACCGUCGCGGAGGGAGGCGGAUCGUCUGACAGCUUCGGCGGCACUGGCUCCAUCGUGGAGGUGGGAGCAGGUGGCCUAGCAGGGGGUGGUUCUGCUGCUGUCGUGGAGGGAGCAGGUGGUAGUGGUGGCUACCAAGGAGGUGGUUCCGCUACUGUCGUAGAGGGAGCAGGUGGAGCACCUCACAGCAGCGGCGGCACUGGUACUACCGUAGAUGUGGGAGCAGGUGGUGGCUCUGCUACUGCAGGUGGAGGAGCUCACGGGAGUGGCGGUACUGGUACUACCGUAGAUGUGGGAGCAGGUGGUGGUGGCCACCUAGCAGGGGGUGGCUCUGCUACUGCAGGUGGAGCAGCUCACGGCAGUGGCGGCACUGGUACUACCGUAGAUGUGGGAGCAGGUGGUGGCUCUGCUACUGCAGGUGGAGGAGCUCACGGGAGUGGCGGUACUGGUACUAUCGUAGAUGUGGGAUCAGGUGGUGGUGGUCACCUAUCAGGAGAUGGCUCUGCUACUGCAGGUGGAGCAGCUCACGGCAGUGGCGGCACUGGUACUAUCGUAGAUGUGGGAGCAGAUGGUGGCUCUGCUACUGCAGGUGGAGCAGCUCACGGCAGUGGCGGUACUGGUACUAUCGUAGAUGUGGGAGCAGGUGGUGGUGGCCACCAAGCAGGGGGUGGGUCUGCUGAUGUAGGUGGAGGAGCUCACGGCAGUGGUGGCACUGGUACUAUCGUAGAUGUGGGAGCAGGUGGUGGUGGCCACCUAGCAGGGGGCGGCUCUGCUGAUGUAGGUGGGGGAGCUCACGGCAGUGGCGGCACUGGUACUAUCGUAGAUGUUCAGCAACAACAAGGUGGGGGGCAAACUGUGGUAACAGGGAAGUGCGAAGAGACGAAGGAAUGUGUCCCAGCUUAUCUCUGCCAUGACGGUAAAAUCAACACCUCCGGAGAAGGCCUCCUCGACCUCCGCUUCGGUAAUAAGUGCGUUAACCCCAACUACCCGACGGUGGAGGCUGUGUGCUGUGCGUACCCAUCCUGCAAGGCCGGCAACUUGUGCGUAGCUCAAGGCGCCUGCGACGGCACCAUUGUCAAAGACGCCGCUGGCAAAUAUAAGGAUUGUUUUGUGGGCCCCAACUUGGAGGCGGGAAUCUGUUGCACGCCGCCGGCGCCUAAGCCAAUCCAGACGUGCCCGAGUCCCAAGACGUGCAUCACCCAGGCCCAGUGCACCGCCCGCACCACCCUCACCACAGACGGCGUUGGCAACAUCGACAUCAGAGUCCAUUCCCCUUGUUUCGUGAGCAAGGGAACUGUGGUAGGUGUGUGCUGCGACCCUCUCCCACCGCUGGAGAAAUGCUCGCUAGACGGAACACAAAAGUGUGUGGCGACGGGCUCCUGCGGCGGAAAAAUUACCGUCGACCCCCUUGGUGAAUACCAGACGUGCUAUGUGUCUGGCGGUGCCGGGGAGGUAGGCCAGUGUUGCACGCCUCCAGCACCCCUCAAGACGUGCCCGGGAGGAGAGACCUGCCUCGUGUCUGACCUCUGCUACUCUGAUGGCACUAAAUCUCCUCCUUCCAACUCGGCAUGUUACGUCAACCCCAACAUAGUGGGCGCGUGCUGCUACCCUCCCCCGAAGCCAAGUGAGCCCAUCCUCGACAGCUGUCCCGAGAACUCUGUAUGUCUGCCGGAGAUCCUCUGCCAAGGAGAGCUUCUCGAUAACACUGGUGCCUUCCUCCCCUACUCUAGCAGCGGCAAAUGGGCACAGUGUCGCUUAAGCGGUACUGGUCUUGUAUCUCCCGGAAGCUGUUGCCAGAACCCAAAACUACCACCGGUUGAUGAAACCUACGUGGCUGCAGGAAAGUGUGGUGUCCGCAAUGAGCUUCUUGAUACUCGCAUAAAAAAUGUUGACCUCCUUUACUAUCAGACCCACUUCGGCGAGUUCCCUUGGCAGGGAAUUGUCUUUUUCACUAACUACACCUUCAAGUGCGGUGCUUCCCUAAUCGGUGACCGCUGGCUGCUGACCGCAGCUCAUUGUGUUAAAGGAUUCACUCCACAAGACCUCCGUGUACGGCUCGGUGAGUGGCAGGUCGACGACUAUAAAGAACCUCUGCAGUACUACGACGCAAAUGUGGCAUCUAUUACAAUACACCCACUAUUUAAUCCCAAAAACGUCCACAAUGACAUCGCUGUGAUAGAGUUAAGUGAGCCCAUAGUAUUCAAGUAUCAUAUCAACACAAUUUGUCUUCCAAAUCAUGGACAAAUAAUUCCUAAGGGAACUCGAUGCUUUGCUACGGGUUGGGGUAAGGAUGCUUUCGAUGGCGGUCAAUAUCAAGUGAUCUUGAAGAAGGUCGAAGUACCAGUAGUGGACCGUAACGAUUGUCAGAAUCUACUACGAAAAACUCGUCUGGGCAAGUUCUUCAUCCUGGACAAAUCGUUCAUGUGUGCUGGAGGUGAAGAGAACAAGGACGCGUGCGAAGGUGAUGGUGGCGGACCUCUGGCCUGCCAGGAUCCCACCACAGGCGAUUAUGUCCUCACUGGCAUCACCGCCUGGGGCAUUGGCUGUGGUCAGAAAGACGUGCCUGGCGUGUAUGUUGAUGUCCAACACUUCCGUGAGUGGGUGAAUGGCAUCAUUAACAAGGAACAUCAACAGGAGCAGCAGCAGAGCGCAGGAGGAUACAGUGGAAAGUGAGCAAGUUAUAAGCAUAACCACUGUAAUAAAUAUGCCUGCUCAUACAGUACUUCAUGCUUAUUUAUAAAAUUGGCAAACAAUACAGCAGUGUAAUACUCACAAAAUAUAGUCUGUGAUAUUUCUUUUCUAUAAUAAAUGGAUUAUUUGACAAA